AUGUCAUCUACAGUCACAAAGCCGUUUACAGAGGUUCAGCCCUCGAUUACUGCCUCGCGCGCAACAGGCUACAUCCCGCCUGGAGCGACAGGCGGUGUGUCCUCUUAUCAUCCCAGCGCAACAACGACAGCCAGACCACACGUUCCAAAUCCAUCUACACCUGCGUUUAUCAACGACUUUCAAUGGAUCAACUCGUAUCUCUUUAUCCAUAAAAUGAGCACGCCGUCAUACCGCUACUCGUUUCUCCUCUGGAUCUUUCUCGUCCUCGUCGUCUCCGUCGUCGCCAUCCUUCACUGGACAGGCUCAAGAGGUGGUCCAGUCGGUGCGGCGUGGUCCAAAUGGGCGCUCCGACGCCGUACUUGGCGCAAGAGACAUACACUGGCAAAGGCCAAACGCGAAGGAAAACCACACCAACAGCCCUUUUCGUUUCCCUCAAAUGCUCAGAUGCUCUCUCUCAUCAUUCUCUUCCUCAUCCCGCUGGCACUCUGUUUCAUUGGUCCAGACUACAUCGCCCCGGGCACAAAGCUAUGGGAUCUGACACACAAUGUCACAAAACGGGGACUGGACCAUACAUUCAUGCACUAUGAUUUGCUCUCCAGAGCCGCCGUGGCGUCUACGGCCACCACUCGGGCACCCGAGUACACCAUCCCAAAGGCAUGGUGGACGGUCGGUGGCCGUACGGGCAUCAUUGCAUUCGCCCUCUUCCCCCUCGUUGUUCUCUUUGCACUCAAGGCGCCUCCGUUUGCCGUCUUUGCCAUUCCUUUUCUCAUCCAGGUCCACUUUGACAAGCUUGCUCGUCUCCACCGAUGGACAGGCCGUCUAAUUUGGCUCAUCACCACCAUUCACGUCGUGACAUGGGGCAUCCAGCUCGGACGUGACAAGCGCGGAACUGGCAACCGCAACCACGUAGACUCGCCCGCCUGGCUGUUUGUAUGGCAGUACCCACUUUUCAUCGAGGGCGUCAUUGCAUACGUUGCACUCACAGCCUUGGUCGUUCUUUCGCUCGACUCGUUCCGUGUGCGCUAUUACGAGGCGUUUUAUGUCUUGCACGUCAUCCUCGUCCCCAUCACCCUCGUCUUUGCCGCCCUUCACUUUCCGACGAUUUGGUGGUGGUGUUGGUCCGCACUGUUCCUAUGGAUCGGAGAGCGUCUACACCGUGCAAUCAGAUGGGCUUAUGUCAACGGGCUCAUGGGCAAAGGCAAGAUUCCCGCCGGUGCUGCGCCGCCUCCCAUGAAAUUUAGUGCACCUGGCUCCGUUUCAGAGAAGAAGCCCUCGACACCCCCUUCUGGAGGACCCAAUGAAUGGGAGCAGGGUGUCCGGCUCGUACGAAGCCAGGACAGCGAAUCGUCGCAAAUGCCCCUCCAGUAUCGCCCGCGGGUCGACUCGCGUACCGGAUCCUACGAUUCGUAUGCGGCAUACCCACAGGAAACGUAUAGCGAUUGGGACUCUCGGGUAACGCCGACGAGAAACUCGAGCUAUGGUUUGCUGGGCAAAGAGGAAUUUGACGCCCGAUCUCGCGGCUCGAACGGUCCCUCGGGGAGCCAAGCAGACUUGUUGCAAAACUAUCCACCCCAGUCGCCUACGACUGCCCGCCAUGAAACGCAACGACUAAACCCCGACAAUAAUUCCCCGCGCUACCCACCGACGAUCAACAGCGGAAAUAAUCAACCUCAUACACGUUACUCUCGCAUACCACCUCCUGGCUUUGCGCUCUGUCAACUCUUGCCCGGACGUGUGGUCCGCAUGCGACUCUUGACGCCACGACCCAUUGUCUGGGCACCUGGGCAGCAUGUAUUGCUGCAGGUCCCCUCUGUUUCCAAGUACACGACCCACCCCUUUACAAUCACGGGCUGUUACGAUGACGAGAGCGAGACCGGCGAAGGACGUGUGGUCGAAUUGCUUGUUCGCGCCAAGAAUGGAUUCACAAAGGAUCUCUGGGAAGAGGUUGUUAGGCUCGUCAACCAAGCAGAGGCUGCAAACAAUCCGUUUGCAGAGACCGAAGGCGAGAUGGAGAAUGGGUUUGCCGUCAGCACGGGUCCCUUGCACACGCGCGAAAAGAGUAACAUGUCUCUCAAGAAGAAUCCACACGAACACACUGGGGUGCUGCUUCGCGCGUUUGUCGACGGGCCCUUUGGAAGUUCGAUUCGUGCACAUUGGGGUAGCAACUCGACUGUGUUUAUCGUCGUGGGAGGGACGGGCGUCAGCUUUGGUAUCUCCAUCCUUGAGUAUCUCUGCUUGUGUCUCUCGGGCCGAGAUGGCAAAUCGCUCGGUGGUAGACCAGGUGGCUGGGGUGCUCGUGGCUUCAAGACUUCGCGCGUGCGCUUCAUCUGGCUGAUUCGUGAAUUCUCGCAUAUCCAAUGGUGUGCUACGGUCCUCCGUCGUUGCAUGGAAAUGGUCCCCUCGUCUAUUUUGCAAGUGGACAUUUUCGUCUCCAAUACCGAACUCAUCACGCAACCUCAACCUCACGGUAACAACCGGAAUUCGAUGUUGUCCGUGAUGGGCCCCGACGAUCUGGCACCCCCGUCUGCGCAGUUUAUGGGUCGAAACCGGGCCAAUUCGAACAGCUCUGUCGAUUCGCUCGUCUCUGCCAACAGCAGACCGAAUAGCAUGAUCGACCUCGACUAUAUGCAAGCCUCGCCUUCCUCGCCCUAUGGGGACCACUACCAUUCACAGGAACUCGGCCACGAAGCUCAUGUCUUGGAUUACACUAACUUUGAUGGCGAGGAUGACACUCGCGUGGCCGGAGAGGCCAAGAUUAGCAAGCGUGUACAAAAGGAGGGCAAGAUUCGCCGUGCUAAAUCGAGACGAGCGGCAGCUGCGGCGCAGGCAAGGACCGAACUCGAGUCCAAGUCGCGGCAGGCAACCGGCGGCUCUACAUCUAUGCCGGCGAUUGAGGUUGCGGGAAUGUCCACGGACCGCAGCGCAGGCCCCCCUCGUCCGCCACGUAGUGGCCGAACGUCACCUGGACCCAAUUCGCCUCCUGGCCUCCCUCAAGGCGCGUAUUCGCCUGCAUCCCCGCAUCCGCCAUCCUCGUUUGAUCCCAAGUUUUCCGUGAGCGCCGCGGACGCCUAUCGUAAUGCAGGCCCAGAUACGUUUUUAUCGCCGUCAAACGAUAUGAGCGCACAGCGUCGGUGGAGUCAACAGUCGAUGAACGUCUUCCGCGCGCCGAGCCCUGGUUUCCACGCUUCGGAGAAUAACAAUCGAUUCUCCGUGGCGUCGUUGGGUGAUCUCCGUGCCAUGUCGCCAGCAGGUGGUCCCGAGAGCGUGCAUCGGUUUGCACCUGGGGAACGGCCAAUCUCCAUGGCAGAGAGUAUGCUCGAACAGGCAGAGGUCAGGCUUGAGAUUGACGAUCAAGAGCUCGAGGAUGUGCAUUUCGUGUCAGAGAUGGCUCGGCCUGGUAAACCAAGACUGGAACGAAUGUUGGCAGACGAGGUGGGCAGGGCCAGGGGUGCAGUCGCUGUUGCCUGCUGCGGACCUGCUUCUCUCAACGCUCUUGUACGCAAGAUGGUUGCGACGCAAAUAAACCCACAGCAGGUUCUCCAGGGCGAGAUGCAGGGUAUGAUCACGCUCAUCACUGAAGAAUUCCAAUGGUAG